AUGGCCAAAUUUAAACCGAUCUUUACCUUGCUUCUUGCCGUAGGAGUGGCUACCACUGCCUAUGCCGCCUCAAUUCCUGACUCUAUGGAUUCCCACCGGCAUACUGGAUAUGGAACUGGAACCAUGGAUGAUGCCCACGCAAUCCGCGCCCAGUUCGCCAGCCGGGAACAGCUUGCUCCUAUCGCCGAUGCUCAAGCCGAGACUCAAUUGCAAGACUUCUUCUUACACUACGGCCAAUGUUUCCAUUCUUCCCCCACUUGUAAGAAUCAAGUCUGCCUGAAAGAUACUCCCCACUGCAAGCCUUACACGGCUGAAGAGCAGAAGGAAACGCUCAGGGAGACGAAAAAGGUACUGCUCGACUUGAUUAGCACAGUCAGUUGCUACCCGGUUCCCAAGGGUGUCGAAGGCUGUGACAAGCGAGGUUACUGUGAUGUUUUCCAGAUAAGGGAUUUGACGGAUUCCCGUUGCAGCAUGUUGACUAAAGAAGAAUAUGCUGAUGCCCUAGCCAAUCAUCCUGACUUCUCACCUGACCUUUACGAAGAAGACGAAAACGAUGAGGAACCUCGUCGGCGCCGAAAGCUCCAACGUCGUUCCGAGGAUUCGACUUUCAACCCUGACAAGGUGGAAGCAGACCCAGCAGUCAAAAUCGACGCCAAAGUGCUGCAAGAAAAUGGUUUAGGAGAGAUUGGCACAUGCGAUGUCGAAUCGCCAACUUGUGCCAAAGACCAUAUCUGCAAGCUUGGAACAGACAACUGCCGGCAGUUCGAAGCGGGAGAGAAAAUCCAAAUUACAAAGACUAUCCUUGCUCUUGAACAAAAGUUGUUUGAAACUGGCAAGUGCCAUCGAAGCUCGCACAACAAAGACUGGUGCAACCAGUAUGGAUUCUGCGAAGCAAGUGAGCAUAGGAACGAUUGCAGGCCGUUGGAAUCCUCGGAUGACGAAAAGGCGAUCAACGUUUUAGUUCUGGAUGAUGGCAAAUGGGUCUGGCCGGAUGAGGUGCAAGGGAACAAGAAUGAUGACGAGCUACCCACUGGAGUUGCGGAGAAGAAAGAGCCAAGCCAUAUCAACGAACACAAGGAUGCAGGUGUCGACUUUACGCAAUACCGAACCCAGCCGCAACAGCCCGCCGAAAGCACGAAUGAUGAGGUGCAAAACUUCUCGUCUUACCUGAAAAGCAUCACUGAGCAACCUGAUAUGUUGGAAGCUCUAUACCAAGCCGCCAACGUUCAUGAUCAACCGAGCAUGAUUCAGAUUCGAGAAGAACUCAUCCUUCUCUCGCAAAACAAGAAAGCUGCCAGGAAACUUCUCAAAUCCAGCUCCAAGCGAGCCCGUGCUACCAAGGCAGAACUUUUCUCUCAGGAGCCAGCCUUGUACGGAAGAAUAACCAAACGCAGCACCAAGACGGCAUUACAAACAGUCACAUUCGACCCUACUUCCACCGAUCCCACUCCAAACCCUACAUGGGAGGAGGUGUGUGCAUUCAUGCAAGUCGCUGACAAGAUCCACUCGGAUUUGACUAUGGUAUACGCUCUAGCUCGCGUUCUGGGUAUCGAGUCAAUCAGCGGCGUGAGAACGUUCUGGAAUCAAUUGGACACCUGGGCAGCAGACCAGAAGGAGGCCUUUAAAGCUUUGAAGCGAGGCAAACUAGCAGCUAUGUUGGAAGAGUCCAAAUCGAUUCCCGGUGCUGCUGUAUCAUCCUAG